UGUGAAUUGAGAGAGGACUGGAGAAAGAGGUCUAGGCCCAUCCCACGAGGCACUUACCCUGCCAAAGACCAUUGCAGUCGAUGCGGGUUGUGUGAUACAUAUUAUAUUGCCCAUGUCAAAGAUGCCUGUGCUUUCCUGGGAGAUGGAAUGUCAAGAAUUGAAAGAUUGGAACCCGUAGUUCAUGGUAGAGGGAGGAAAACAGAUACAUUGGAGGAGACCUACUUUGGUAUACAUGAGGAACUAUUAUAUGCUCGUAAACUUAAGCCUGUGGAAGGAGCUCAAUGGACUGGGAUAGUAACCACUAUAGCUAUCGAAAUGCUAAAAUCAGGCAUGGUUGAAGCUGUGAUUUGUGUUCAGAGUGAUCCUGAAGACAGAUUAUCUCCAAGGCCUGUGUUAGCAAGGACACCUGAUGAAGUUUUAGCAGCUAAAGGCGUAAAGCCAACAUUAUCUCCUAACCUAAAUACCCUUGCCCUUGUUGAGGCUGCUGGUGUCAAGCGUCCUUUUUGUGGUGUAGGUUGCCAAGUGCAAGCAUUAAGAUCUGUUGAGCAACACCUGAAUUUGGAGAAGCUCUAUGUUUUAGGCACUAAUUGUGUGGACAAUGGAACUAGGGAAGGACUGGAUAAGUUUCUAAAGGCUGCAAGUGAUACUCCGGAAACAGUUCUUCAUUAUGAGUUUAUGCAAGAUUACAAGGUUCACUUGAAGCACUUGGAUGGUCAUAUUGAAGAGGUUCCUUAUUUCUGUCUACCAGCAAAUGAGCUGGUUGAUGUUAUUGCCCCCUCAUGCUACAGCUGUUUUGACUAUACAAAUGCCUUAGCGGACUUAGUUGUUGGAUACAUGAGUGUGCCCAAAUAUUCUGGAGUCAGCAUGACACAACAUCCUCAGUAUGUUACUGUCAGGAAUGAACGAGGAAGAGAAAUGCUGAGUCUGGUCGAGCAGUAUUUAGAGAUUAAGCCAACAACUAGUGGUGGGGAUCGGCGACCAUUUGUGAUGGAGACUGUUAAGGCUGAUGAUAAUGCCAAGUUAGGGAAAGGUCCUGCUCAGCCAGCCCCAAAAUUUAUCGGAAACUUGAUAGCUUUUGUACUAAACCUGAUUGGUCCAAAAGGUCUUGAAUUUGGACGUUAUUCACUUGAUUAUCACACCAUCCGCAACUAUUUGCACAUAAAUCGUGCUUGGGGAAAAGAAAGAGCUGAUAGGCACAUGCCUGCAUAUGCUAAGAAACUUGUGGAUCUGUACAACCAAAAUGGUCAAAUCGAUGAGAUGCUUUCCAACAAGUGACUAUAGUUGAUUAUCAUACAAGCGUCAGCUCAGGUGAAUUCCAAGUAUGAAAAUCCGCUAUGUCCUGAAGCCCCGUUGCAUGAUUAUAACUCAUUAGUUUCUGCCCCUGUAGAUUAGAAACCAUUACGUGCAAGGGUCCUAGAGGGUGCAUAUGUUGAAUACUGCAACCGGUUUAAGGUUUCAAGCUCUAUCAAAGGGUGAUAGUUCCCUUAUUUGGAGGUCUGAUAGUUCCAAAUCCUAAGAGAAAGUGAUUAUUAUGGUUGGCCAUUACGUGUUUGCAUGACGCGAGAGCCACUUAUAACUGCUAACAUAGCAGCUACGAACUCAUAGGCGAUACUUAACAAACAUUAUUUUACUGGUUUAGAAAGCUCGAGCAGAAAACCAUUGUUGUGUUGUCCUGAUUGUAAGAAGUCUAAAGUCAAGAAUGAGAGAAUUGAUUUUCUCUUCUGUUAAAGGCCUUUCUUCUCUUAAUGGAACAUAGAACGAGAUUAUGUUAGGGCUAAAAAGUAUGACUUAGUUGUAAAUCAGAUGUACAAGAUUCUGAUUUGGUUAUACCGUUAUAGAAACUCUGGCCUUUCUAAUCUGACGGGUUAAUUUUUU